GGAGGCCAGGGAUUCUCUCAUUGUUACGUAAAUAUCUUGGUAUGUCAUUUACAAAGUGUAAAACUUCGUUUCCCACAAGGCGUUUAUCCUUCCGUGCUGUAAAGAGGACAAAUUCUAUAGGUUUUUUACAGGUCUCGCGAGAUUCAUCAAAUCUCUUUAACGAGCUCAGCAGGAAGCCAUUUUGUUUCUCAGGGCGCUUUGCAAGGGUACUAGAGGUGAAAUUGCAAGAAGUCAGCAGCUGCAGUUGCCGCCGUUCUGUCUUCAGCUUCACGAUGUUUCCCUUGGCCAAAAACGCACUAAGUCGUCUCGGAGAGAAGAGGUCCAAAGAAAUCCACUUGGGUGACCUGAGUGUUGAGGUCAUGAGGUGUUCCAGAAUUGCUUGCUUGUUCGAAGCAUUCCGCAAACAAUGGCAAGGCAGAGCCACCAGAAGCGGGCACCUGAUUUCCAUGACAAAUAUGGUAAUGCUGUAUUAGCAAGUGGAGCCACUUUCUGUGUUGCUGUAUGGGCAUAU